UUUCAUGAUAUCUUCCUAUUUGGCCGAUUUUAAAUCAACUCCUGAUUUAUUUUAACCCCCUCAUAACUACGGAUCCAACUAAAAUCAAUACUUGCCCCGUCUGAGUGUCCUUUUAAUUUUUUUAUUAUAUUGAUUAAUAUAAAAUCUUCUAUCAAUUAUCCAAAUAUAUUAUUCAUUUCCUUUUUUUAUUCUUUUUUAAUUUCUUAUUUUUAAUUAAGAUAUCAGAGGCUCAAACUUGAAAUGAACGUAUAUGUUCAUAUACAUUUAGUUUGUAUCAUUAUCAUGAUGGGGUGGGGAUGGGGAUAUGAGAAAAAUUUAAUUUCAUUCUUUUAUUUUGAAUAUUGGGUGCACACAAAAGAAAAAUGCAAUAUACGUACAUAGCUGCAUAAUUAAAUCAUCUUCCAUUGAACUAAUUAUUUCUAUAUGAAUGUUGCCUCUAUUUUCCUCCUUUUUUUUCUCCCUUGUUUUGUCAUAAGUUAAAAAAAAAUUAAAAUGGUGGACAAGAUCCAAAAAAAAAUUGGCGUAGAGAGUAGAGGACUAACCUCUUUAUAUAUUUAAUUUACUAUGGAAUUCAAAAUUAGGUCAAUCAUAUGAGCUCAUAUAUUAAGUAAUUUUAAAUUAUUUUAACGACAAAGGGCUUAAAAUGUCUUUAAACUAUGAGAUAUAGUACAAUAUUAUCCUUCAUCCACCUUAUGAGUGUGGACCGUUAAAAAUAAAGGUAUUUUUGAGCCAAAAGAUUGACGUCAAGGGUAUUUUGAGGCCGAAAAGUGGAUGAAGGGUAAUUUUAUACCAAUUCAAAUAGUUGAGGGGCAUUUUAGGCCCUUCUCCGUUUACAUUAUUGUGAACAAACAACUAGUUAAGUACAUUGACAGUGUGAAAAUCCUUUACACGGUAUGUUAAGUACAUUAAUAAGUUAAAUUCGGUGAACUAUUGGUCAUUUUAAAUUAGGAUUCAAUUUCAACAUUUAACAGUGUCUUCAUGUGUAUGGAAUCAAACGAAAAAUCUUGUUUGAAGGCAAACUUGGACAAAACUUUGUAAGCAGACUUUCGUCCAUAUGACCUCAUAAUCAAAAGUAUAAUUGGUUAUGAAGCAAAGCAUAUGUGUGCUUUUCUCUCAUGUUUAGCAUAUGCUUUUGUACUUGACUUUAAAUUAGUAUUUAACUUGAUCAAUCAAGUUUUCCCCAACAAUCACCAAAAAUGGAUACAAAAAUGAAAUCCAAGGCAGCAAAAGUUGCAGAUGAAUUCGCCAGACAGUCUCCGAAAAAUCCAGUUGGCCUUUCCUUCCAGCCUACCGAAACAGACACUAUGUUUAUCUUCACUGCUCAUUUGAAAGGUUGUACGCAAGGAAACGUAAAGGUUGAUCCUAAUGAGGACGGGACUAAACUGGAGGUAAAAUGUAAGAAGUCGGUCCAACAAACUGUAACGGUCGGGAAUAACGUGAUCAAGAAAGAUGUAGUAAAUAUAAACUUUACAGAUUCUUUGAAGAUUCCAGAUGGGGUAAUCGUGGAUCGAAUUGAAAACAACUUCAAUGAGGAAACCUCCAUUCUGACUAUUAAAAUGCCAAAGAGAAUAAAGGAGCCAGAGCUUGCUACACAGACCAGCUCGGAAAAUUUGCCUUCUACAGCUACAAGAGCAACAUUUCAAGAAGAUAAAGGAGCAGCUGAUUCAGAAUCUGCAUAUCCAAAAGGACAAGUCGAAAUACAUGGUGCUAAAGAUGAAGUUCCCGGAAAGGAAACCAAAAUAGCUAAUGAUAAACUUGAAUGUACAAAUUUGAAAGAUGAGCAAAAAGAUGAUAAAGUUUGUGAAAAAGAAAAUGGAAUUCAAAAAGAGGAGGACAAAGUGCCUAAGAGGAGCAAGAUAUGUGUUCCUGUAAUUGUUGGCUCAACUAUAUUUUUAUCUCUAGUUGUCUUUGUGAUUCAUUUCAUGAGAAAAAAGAAACAACCUGGAAAAAGAAAAGAAUAGGACAAAGAAUAAAAUUUGUUGUAUAUACAGAUGUAGUAACUUUCAACAACUCUUUAUGUUCCAUUUUAUAAUAAGAAUAACAUUUGUUGUAUAUACACAUGUACUAACUGUCAAGAACUCUUUAUGUUCUUUUUUAUAAUAUUCA